CCUCGUUACUGAUCCCGCUGCCAUAACCAUAUACUCUUCAUUCGGUAGACUGCACAUAGCGAACAUGGCGAGCCGUAAUGACGAGGGUGACUAUGACGAUAGCAACCGCGCAUUUCUGCAAGCUUUUAUGGCCCGCUCCACCAUGACCUUUGCGGAGGCAAGGCUUGUUCUGGCCGCUAUUUUCUCUGUGCAUGAAGGGGAGCCGGUCUCAGCAGAAGAUGUCACCGAAGACGACCUCGCAUCGUACAUUGCCGCCGCAAAUACCACCAUCUCACCAUUCGACUUGGAAAUCAGAAGUACACUCCGCCAGUCACAGGUAAAUCCAGAAGGGUCGGGGAAUCAGACACCAGAACGGGUGUAUGCCCUUGUCAAUAUCACCAGUGACGCCUUGACACAGCUGGCGACCACUUACAGCGCGGAUGAGAUUUCCUUCAUCAAGCGCAUCCUGGAUGCCAUGUUCGAUACGAAUAAUACGAGACGGUCCGAGGCGAUGGUUGUCAGCGGCAUGCAGGCUAUACAGUUGGCCAAGGCCUCGUCCGGAGAUGCAAGCCGUCGGGAGUCGAGUAACGCGACGCAGAGUCAAGGCGGAGCCGCACACUCGCUAACUAUGUCUCAAGCGGAGACGGUGUUGAAGCAACUCGUGGAGGAGGGAUGGCUCGAAAAGAGUAGGAAGGGGUUCUACAGUCUAAGUCCGCGAGGGUUAAUGGAGCUACGAGGAUGGUUAGUGGCGACGUACAAUGACGAGAACGAGGAUGGCCGGAGGAUGGACAAGAUCAAAUUCUGCGCUGCAUGCAGGGAUAUUAUCACGAUGGGCCAACGUUGUGGUAACCGUGACUGUGCGGGCCGACUCCACGACCAUUGUAUCCGCAACUUUUUCCGCAUGCAACAGGCGGAGCAGUGCCCUGUGUGCCAGGCUCCAUGGCCAGGUGAUAAGUUCGUUGGAGAGCGCGCAAUCACCUCGGCAGAACGCCAGAUGCAGGGCAGUAGCCGAAGCACGAAUACGCAGCGUCAAAGCGAUGUCGGAUCCAGUUCACAAAUUCCUAGCGAGGACGGAGCGGCUGACAGUGACUGAGGCCAACAACUGACCUAAACUUUAUGCUGCCCCACAGCGGCUAAU